AGCUAUCAUCGUCAGCAUUCCAAUGUUUUGAUGGGUCUUUGUUUCCAAGCAAAGUUAGAUGUGAUGGAAUGGUCGAUUGCAUCGGCAAAACAAUAGAGGAUGAAGAUCGAUGUGGUUACCUCAAUAAUGAUUUUGCUUGUGACUCUGAGACUGAACUUACUUGUGAUAAUGGCGCAUGCGCACCACUGGCCUCCAGCUGUAUGUAUGAACUCGAUGAAGUUGGUUUCCUCAAUAGCUGCCGUGACGUCACAAAUUUGAAAGAAUGUGAGAAUCACACUUGUCCAUCUUGGACAAUGAAGUGUCCAGACUCUUAUUGUAUUCCACUAAGAUAUUGGUGUGAUGGGAAGUUGGAUUGCCCAACAGGGUCUGAUGAACAAGACUGUGGUACAUAUGAAUGUCCACCUGGUUCUUACCGUUGCCAUGGUAGCACAGUAUGUAUCAGUCCUGAUCAUGUCUGUGAUGACGUAAUACACUGUCCUGGUCAUGAUGACGAAAUAUUCUGUGCUGGAUGCCCCGAAGGAUGCUCAUGUACCGGUCUUUCCUUUACCUGUCACGUCGGAACAUUACAAUUUACAUCCCUUCCGAGGAACCUCCGUAAACUGUCGCUUGGUUGUGAAAAUGAAAUCGCAUGUGUAAGUGGAGAUACACGGGUUGCCUUGGAAGUGAAUAAGACCGAUGAACGUACUACGAUCGUACCAUCUUCGUUACCAUUCCUUAUUGAACUAUCUCUUAAAAAUUCAGGAAUUUCGGAGAUUGCAAAAGGAUCAUUUUCAGAAAGUUCAAACGUCUUGUAUCUGGAUCUUGCUUUUAAUAACAUUCAUGCGUUACACCACGGCGUAUUUGGAGGAUUACAACGAUUAGUUACUCUGAAUCUUUCUAACAACCCUUUGCAGAUGAUUGAAAUGGGAACCUUUGAUAAUAUUUCAACCCUUCUAGAGCUGGAUAUUCGAAGCACGUUAAUAUUUGAAGCAGAUGACGCCAGUUUGAGUGCGUUCUCUGGCUUACACAACAUAGAGACGCUGUAUGCUGACAAAUACCUUUUGUGCUGCCUGGCAGGAUUAGGGGAUUCCCCCGAUUGCAAUGCACCACGUGACCAGUUUUCAUCUUGUGAAGAUCUCAUGGCCAACAACAUCCUUCGAAUCUUCAUCUGGAUUCUCGGAACCAGUGCUUUCAUUGGCAACAUCCUCGUCAUUGGCUACAGACUGGUCAAUUCCGGAUGGGGGCGAUAUACGACAGUUCAAUCUAGUCUGAUCACGAACCUAGCCGUCUCCGACUUCUUGAUGGGUCUGUACAUGAUUACCAUAGCGUCAGCCGAUGUCUACUACCAUGGCGAAUAUGCUGCCCAUGCUGAUGACUGGCAGAGUAGUGUCCUCUGCAAGCUUGCUGGAAUCACUUCCGUUGUUUCCAGCGAGGCUUCGGUGUUUCUGAUCAUGGUCAUCAGCGUGGAUAGGUGUUUUCACGUGGUUCUGCCUUUCAAACCCGAAUUCCAUCUUUCAGUCCGCGGUGCCCGGGUGGUAGGACUGGUUAUCUGGGUAACUGCAGCCUUUCUUGGUAUUCUCCCAACUCUUAUCCCGUCUUUCGUCGAGGGUCAGUUCUAUGGUCAAUCCGGAGUCUGUCUGGCUUUGCCGUUGACAGUGGAUCGUCCUGCGGGAUGGCAUUACUCCAUAUCCUUGUUCAUCGGUCUCAACUUUGCCGCGUUCCUGGUGACUCUCAUAAGUUACAUAGCCAUCUAUUGCACAUUCCAGCUGUCGAAGCAGCGUAUAGCCGGGAAGAAGAACACGUCAAAGGAGGAUAUGCGAUUGGCUGAAAACCUAAAGUUGGCAUCUAAGAUGGCGCUGGUUGUUGGUACAGAUCUGGUCUGUUGGUUACCGAUCAUCAUCAUGGGCUUGAUGUCCGCGAGUGGAACUUUGACCAUUUCUGCGCAGGUAUAUGCAUGGACAGCAGUGUUCGUGCUCCCAGUCAAUUCAUCCCUCAAUCCAUACCUCUACACCCUCGCAUCAAUACGCCAAAGGAGACGUAAGUCCGUGGCUAGUCCAAGUAUGAAAUAUGAAGACAAGACCAUGGAAGGUAGUAUAUUUGACGACACCUCCAUCAUAUCUGCAUUCACGUCCUUGCCCGACCCUUCACCAGAACGGCUUGGGGAAUGGAUGAAACUUAACAGACGCCCUCUCGGACGCUUAGAAGCCAAUGCGAUUCAACGUGACGUCACAAAAGCAGUGGAAAGAUUGAAGGAAUCGGGGCUGUGGAAUGACGUCACACUCAACAUGAACCGAAUUGCAGUCCAAACAGACAGUGGUGGAAAAAUCGUACACGCCUUUAUUGUGCUCGACUCACCUUUGACCUUUCUUGAAUCACGUGAUGAUGAUCAGGUGACCAACUUGAGCAAUGACGAAAACACCGACAUCGUCCUCAAUAUGAUUGCGCGGGUAAAUACACCAAAAUGAAAUUGAAUACGAUUAUGUAUAUGAAAAAAAAUAUCGUAAUUUUGAAGAGAUUCUAUCCUAUUUUUAGUCGCUGCAACUUGGUGAAGAUUCAAAUUUCAUUUGUAACAUGUGUGUAAGAUUUUAUUUCACUUUGCCUCAAACAAAUCAAUGUAGAAAUGAGAAAAAAAAAUACUUGUAACUAAGUGAAUAUGUAAUCAACUGAAAAUGAAAGAAAGAAACAACAAAUUUCUAAGUAGAUGUGCUGCAAAUUUAUUCCAUUGUGUUAAAAAUUCUAUUUAAAUAAAUAUUUAUGAAGACAUGAUUUAUUUAUUUUAAUCUAGUCAUCUAUUUUGCACUGUACUAUUUCUAUGGAAUCGAUCAUGCAUCAGGGUCACCUUAAUAUUUCAUGACAAUGUAUUGAAACAUAAAAUUGAAAAAGGUCAUUCUGGAACGAUAGUUUGGUUUAUUUUCAGUAUGAUCCAUUAAGCAUAUACUUAUUAUGACCAAGGGUUUUUACAUAAAAACCUGAAAGAAUAUUUAACAUAGGAAAUAAUCAUUUAAGAAAAUAUUGGGGUUUGAAUGAGUAUUUUAAGAGCUCCCCGUUGUCAGCUAGUCCAGUCUGAUCUCUCUGAUCAUGUAAAUCACGGUGAUUUCGCAAUUACAAGGGGGUGGAUUCAAGAACACAGUGAAUAUAUUAAAAAUGCCCUUCAAAUGACAAAGAACAGCUGGGAGGUCUUUGUCGAAAAUCGGUGAACCGGAACAGCAGUUUCGUUUCUGAGCCGACGAAAUAUUGCAACUAUGCCGUUUGUCCAGAAUCAAGGAAUGAACUUCUGUGUGGAUUCAUCAAUUUUCGACAAAGACUUCUUGAUUGUUCAUUCUCAUGAAGGGCGUUCGACAAUAGAUUUUCUAUGUUCUUGAAUCCAACGUGCAUCGUGGAAGCGUAAACACCUUAGGAUAUGAGAGAGCGACGAACAGUUAUUUCAAGAAAGAUGUUAAAUGAUUGGUAAUGCUAACAAUUUGGCAUUUUAGUGAACAGACCCAAUUGUGAAAAUUCUCAUUUUGUAUUUUUUGCCGCACAACAUGUAGAGAUAAAUCCAUCAAAUAGAUAUUCAUGGUAGUCAAAAUGGUAUGAUGUGGUUUAUUUUUACAGUAAAUAUGAAUCGUGAUGUAGAUAAAAAUCACUUUAGAUUAAGUAUAGACUCUAUAUUACACCUUGCACAAAAGAUCUUAAAGCGUAAUAUUGAACUAAUCUAAGUUUACUAUAAUCAUGUAAAUGAAUAUUUGAGAUUCUUGUACAUUCUUUGGGUCAUCGAUUAAUCUUUGAUUUAAUUUAAUUUUUCAUUAUGGCAAAGGGUUACUGGUAAACCCAACUAUAAUAUUAAGCCAAAAAAAAUAAUGACAUAUAAAAUGGCCAAAGUACGCUUCGAAUCAAACCACAGAAUAAAGUGAAGAUAGAGGAUAUUAGAAUUUCAGGAUAUGUUUCCUUUAUACCAUAGACUGUAAAACAAAAAGACAGACUUACUUAAUUCGCCUAAAGAACAUUGAGAUUGGAUAGAAAGUCAUCAACUAUAGGUUUUGAGAGGAUUAUUGUAUAAUUAUUGUUAUUUAACAAAAAAGAGAGACAUUUUAAUUAUUUCUGCUCUAAAUAAGAGAAUGUGAACUAAUUAUCAAACUUUAGGGCCGCUACUGCACUGUGCAAUAAGUCGGUAUUAAAUACCAAUAAAAUGUAAGC